UUCGCGUUCCUCACUCACCCGCGGUACGAGCAACGCGGUGCGCAGCCAGCCGGUACCUGCCACUCCCAGCUCGUGUGCCCACGAAGUCCUUUGUUGGUCCCCUCCUGGGCUCCACCGCAGCCCGCCCGACCAAGACACAGGUUGCCUGCCAGCGGCGGCUCUGAUGCAAUCUUCCUCCACUACCGCUCCGCCCACCCACCGUGCUCCAGCAGACAGAUAAAACCUACACAGAGUACCCGGUCAGGCUCAGCUCUCAGCCGCUCGCUUGGGCGGGCUUACUCUAGAAACAAAACCGCAACCUCUCGCCCCUCUCUUUUCCCUUGGUGCUCCCAUCCUUACCGAUUCGCCAUUUGCGGCGACGAGUGCUUUGUUGCUGUCGACCAUCGUCCCAAUCUCGAAGCGAGUGCCCAGAUCGACUCCCACAGUCCAAACACGACUGAGCGAACCCCCGCCCGCCCUGCAACGGGCCCCUCCCGAUCCCCGUCGAGCACGUCAAGAUGAGCUUCUCCGGCAUGCUCAACCGCCUGCACGGGCAACCUGAGAGCUACGACAAAAAGUCAAAGUAUCGCUUCGGCCGCACACUCGGCGCCGGCACCUAUGGCAUCGUCAGAGAGGCCGACGGCCCGACGGGCAAGGUGGCCAUCAAGAUCAUCCUGAAGAAGAACGUCAAGGGCAACGAGAAGAUGGUGGACGACGAGCUCGACAUGCUACAGCUGCUCAAGCAUCCACACAUCGUGCGCUUCGUCGACUGGUUCGAGUCCCGGGACAAGUACUAUAUCGUGACGGAACUUGCGACGGGAGGCGAGCUUUUCGACCGCAUUUGCGAGCAGGGAAAGUUCACGGAGAAGGACGCUUCCCAGACCAUCAAGCAGGUGCUCGGCGCCGUCGACUAUCUCCACAGCAAGAAUGUGGUUCAUAGGGACCUCAAGCCGGAGAAUCUGCUCUAUCUGAGCAAGGCACCAGACUCGGACCUCGUACUGGCAGACUUUGGCAUCGCCAAGAUGCUGGACAACAAGGACGAGGUGCUCACGACAAUGGCGGGUUCGUUCGGCUAUGCUGCGCCCGAGGUGAUGCUGAAGAAGGGCCACGGAAAGCCGGUGGAUAUGUGGUCCAUGGGCGUCAUCACCUACACCCUUCUCUGCGGCUACUCACCCUUCCGCUCAGAAAGCCUCCAGGACCUGAUAGACGAGUGUUCCAGCGCCCAGGUCGUGUUCCACGAUAGGUACUGGCGCGACGUGAGCGACGAUGCCAAGGAUUUCAUUCUGCAUCUACUGCGGCCAGCUCCCGAUGAGCGCUGGACAAGCCAGCAAGCUCUGAGGCACAGAUGGCUGAGCGGCGAGAACGCCACCGACCACAACUUGCUUCCCGAGAUCAGGGCCUUCAUGGCCAAGGCCAGGCUCCGACGGGGUAUCGAGAUGGUCAAGCUGGCCAACCGCAUCUCUUCACUCAAGCUGCAGGAGGAGGAUCCCGACAACUCGGACAUGCCCGAAGACUCGGUGGCUGCCGCGGUGAACCAGGCCACGCCGGGCCAGAGCGGGUCGCCAUCGUCGUCGGGCGGUGGUGGCGGGCUGUUCGCGCCGGGCGAGAAGAAGACGCUCUCCAAGGCGGUCAAGGGCGCCAUCUUCCGCGAGGUGGUGCUGGCCAAGGUCAAGGAGAUGAAGCAGCAGGAGCAGACGCUCAAGGUCAAAGAGGAGGUGGAGAAGGAGGCCCGCAGGAAGAGCUUCACCGGCUAGUAGUGGUCGCGCGACUUUGUUAUUUCAGUCGCUUCCGGGCUCAUGGAUGCUCGUGUUGGCUUUCGUCGCGUCUCGGGCCCUGUGCAACUUCGCUGGGCGGUUUGAAGACCUAUCUGUCACUGCCUGGCGGUUGUGGGUGGUAAUGGGCCGCGAAAGCCUCACGACUGUGUGUUGUCUCGGUAUUGGUGGUUGGUGACGAACGUUUUCUUGUUUGGGCAAAGCUUUCCUCGGAUUUUAUCCUUUAUUUAUAUCACUCUUCUUCCCUUUUACACCCUUUUGAUUUACUGUAUUGCUUCUCGGGGGUCCAAUAGGAUAGGAGAUACCAAAGAAAACGACAACGGGCAGAGAGCAUACGAUCAGGAUGCAAGGCACAAAGCGGCGGGCUGUUUGUAAUUGUGCGAUUGGAGAUGCAUGCAUAUUGUUAUAUGUAUUUGGUGCAGAGAUGGUAGUGCAGGUUUCUCGUUUCCACCGGCACAAGGCUGGGGGUCCAACGUCAACCCCUUCACUUUUCGGCUUUGUGGGACGCGUGCA